CUCCAGGAACAAUGGCAGAGACAUUCCUUGUGGAGAGCCCCGACGUCACGUACAGCAAAGACUUCAUCGAGGCCAAGUACACGUACAGCACCGUGCACGUCUGCAAGGAGAACGGCGUCACCAAGGUGCGACCGUGCUCGACCCGCUUCACUUUCCGGACGGGGCGGCAGGUCCCUCGCCUGGGGGUGAUGUUGGUGGGCUGGGGGGGCAACAACGGCACGACGGUGACAGCGGCCGUGCUGGCCAACAAGCUGGGGCUGUCCUGGAUGACCAAGACGGGGCGCAAGAAAGCCAACUACUACGGCUCCCUCCUCCAAGCCUCCACCGUCUGCCUGGGUACCGGCCCCACCGGUGACGUCUACGUGCCUUUCCGGGACCUGCUGCCCAUGGUGCACCCCAACGACAUCGUCUUUGAUGGCUGGGACAUCUCCUCUCUGAACCUGGCGGAGGCCAUGCGGCGGGCGGAGGUGCUGGACUGGCCGCUGCAGGAGCAGCUCUGGCCCCACCUGGAGAAGAUGAAGCCUCGACCCUCCAUCUACAUCCCCGAGUUCAUCGCCGCCAACCAGGAGGAGCGGGCGGACAACGUCCUCCGCGGGUCCAUGGCUGAGCAGGUCCUGCAGAUCCGCAAGGACAUCCGGGACUUCAAGGAGAGCAGCGGGGUGGACAAAGUCAUCGUUCUCUGGACGGCCAACACGGAGCGCUUCUGCGACGUCGUGCCGGGGCUCAAUGACACCGCCGACAACCUGCUGCGGGCCAUCGAGCGAGGCUUGGAAGUGUCCCCGUCCACGCUCUUUGCCGUGGCCAGCAUCCUGGAGGGCUGCGCCUACAUCAACGGCUCCCCCCAGAACACCUUCGUGCCGGGCGCGGUGGAGCUGGCCGCCCAGCGCCGCGUCUUCAUCUGUGGCGACGACUUCAAGUCGGGUCAGACCAAGCUGAAGUCGGUGCUGGUGGACUUCUUGGUGGGCGCCGGACUCAAGACCAAGUCCAUCGUGAGCUACAACCACCUGGGGAACAACGACGGGAAGAACCUCUCGGCCCCGCAGCAGUUCCGCUCCAAGGAGAUCUCCAAGAGCAACGUGGUGGAUGACACGGUCCAGGCCAACCCCAUCCUCUACGGCCCCCAGGACAAGCCCGACCACUGCGUGGUGAUCAAGUACGUGCCCUACGUGGGGGACAGCAAGCGCGCGUUGGACGAGUACACGUCGGAGAUCAUGAUGGGCGGCACCAACACCAUCGUCAUCCACAACACGUGCGAGGACUCGCUGCUGGCCAGCCCCAUCAUCCUGGACCUGGCCAUCCUCACGGAGCUGUGCCAACGCGUCACCUUCUGCACCGAGGCCGACCCCGAGUUCCAGGGUUUCCACAGCGUCCUCUCCAUCGUCGCCUUCCUCUGCAAGGCCCCGCUGGUGCCCGAGGGCACCCCCGUCGUCAAUGCCCUCUUCCGCCAGCGCAGCUGCAUCGAGAACAUCUUGAGGGCCUGCCUGGGGCUGCCCCCCCAGAACCACAUGCUGCUGGAGCACAAGAUGCAACGGCCGGUACCCAGCCCGAAGCGCUCCUGCCCCGGGGGGGCCGCCUGCCCCCUCGCCCCCAAGAAGGCAUCGGCGGCCGCCCAGCUCAACGGGCACCCCUGCCCCGGCACCCCCCGGCCAGGACCCCCCCGGACCCCUCUCCACGUCGACGGGGCCGACUAACAGCAGGCGCCUUUUUGUAUUUCAUAUCGGCUUUUUAGGGGAGGUGUUGGGGGGUUGGAUUUGGGGUCGGGGGGGGCGGUCCACGACCUGUGGGUUUCCCCCCCCCCCUCACCCCCUCCAAGUGCUCGGUGCUGCCCGGCUCCGAUGCCAACUCGAAACUGUGAAGCUUUGUACCCGCCAAUAAACCCGGAGCACAUCAUGUCC